AUGUUAGAAAAGAGGAUUAUAAGAGAAUCAGACUCGCCUUAUAACUCACCGUUGUGGGUAGUACCGAAAAAACAAGACGCUUCGGGAAAAACCAAAUGGAGAUUAGUAAUAGAUUAUAGAAAACUUAAUGAAAAAACUAUUCAAGAUGCUUAUCCCCUUCCGAAUAUCGAUGAAAUUUUAGAUCAAUUAGGAAACGCGCGGUAUUUUUCAGCUUUUGACUUAGCGUCGGGUUUUCACCAAAUCGGUAUGAAUCCGAAAGAUAUUUCAAAAACGGCUUUUUCUAUCUCGAACGGACAUUAUGAAUAUAUGCGCAUGCCCUUCGGUUUAAAAAACGCUUCGCCAACGUUUCAACGUAUGAUGAACAAAGGAUUAAAAGGCUUAGUCGGAAAUAAUUGUUUUGUUUACAUUGACGACAUAAUAGUAUACGAAAAAACGAUAGAAGAGCAUAAUAAAAAUUUAAGAGUAUUAUUUGAGAGACUUAGACAAGUAGGUUUGAAACUUCAACCGGAUAAAUGCGAAUAUCUUCGCCCGGAACUUGAAUAUUUAGGACAUCUGAUUUCUGAACGCGGUGUUCAACCUAAUCCUAAAAGAAUAGAAAAGGUUCAGACAUAUCCGGCUCCUAAAAAUGCCAAAGAAAUAAAACAAUUUCUUGGACUUACAAAUGAACAACAACACUCAUUUGAACUAUUAAAAACUAAACUGACGUCACAACCAAUACUAUCGUACCCUGACUGGACCAAACCUUUUAUUCUUACUACCGACGCAUCCAAUGAUGCAAUCGGAGCAAUUCUUUCCCAAGGAGAAAUAGGCAAAGACAAGCCACUGGCUUUUGCCUCUAGAACUCUCAACAAAGCUGAAACCCGAUACAGUACUACUGAAAAGGAACUUUUAGCAAUUGUAUGGGCGACAAAACAUUUUAGACAAUAUUUAUUUGGUAAACAAUUUAAAAUUGUAACAGAUCACAAACCUUUAAUUUGGUUAAUGAAUGUUAAAGAUUCAAAUUCUAGACUUAUGAGAUGGAGAUUAAAACUAGAAGAAUUUGAUUAUAAAAUUGUUUAUAAAUCGGGAAAAAUUAACACGAACGCUGACGCUCUCUCACGUAUUCCAGUUAAUGUAAUUGAAUCAGAAAAUGCAAAUAAACCUCAGAACACCUUUGAUAAAAUUCAAAGAAUUCUUACAGAAAUAGAGAGAACAAAUUUUCAUAUUAAAAUUGCUAUCAGUAAAGAUCCUGUCCCAGGCUGGCAAAAUAUCGACCCAGAUUUUAUUACUCCUAAUCUUUUACGAGCCCAUGUUAUUCCAAUCAUUGAAGAUACUGGCACAAAUCCUUCCAAAUGGACAUUGACGAUCAGGGGAAUUAUAAAUAAAGAAACACGACAAAUAAUUGACUCAAUUAUCGUUGAACACGACUUAGAAAACAGAACAAAAAUAAUUAUUGACGGGACACCACUAACUCCCACUAGAAUUCCAGACUCCCCACCAAGAAUGGUAUCUCCUUUUAACUCAAAAUCUUCUAGUCCUUGCUCUUCUAGACAACCACCACCGGGGAUUCAAAAACAAAUAAUAAUCAAAAAUCAAGUCGGCAGGCUUACUAACAAAACUAUACUUUAUAUCGAAACUCCACUCGAAAUCACAAGAGAAAACGAAAUUUAUAUCUCGCCUCACGCGACUCAUCGACAAAUGAGUAUUCAAUUACAUGAUUUUCUCACCGAAAAUGAUCAUCAUUUAAAUAUUAUACACGAUCAAAAUGAAAUCAACAAAUUACGUUUAAUUAUUGACAAAUAUUAUCUUGGAGAAAAACUGUACAUUUAUGUUUCUAAACACAAUCCAGAAAUAAGAAAUAAAAAAGAAAUUAUCGCAGAAGCUCAUUCGGGCAUAUUAAGGGGACAUUAUUCAGUAGAAAAAACACUCCAAAAAAUUAGGCAAAGAUAUAACUGGCCAAACAUAACAGUAGAUGUAAAAGAAUUUAUUCACAAGUGCGAAACCUGCCAGUUUAACAAACCGGGAACUCAAAAACCUUAUAUUUAUUCCUCUUGCGAUAUUCCUAAAGCUCCUAACGAAAAAGUAUCGCUUGAUAUCAUGGGAUCUUUUGAAAUAACUAAUAAAGGAAAUCGUUAUAUCCUUGUAAUUCAAGAUUAUCUUACUCGAUAUAUUCUGGUGGAACCGCUUAUUGACAAGUCAACAGCGGCAAUCAUAAAAGCACUUUGGCACUCUUGGCUUAGAUAUUUCGGUAAACCUAAAGAAUUUCUCUCUGACAACGCAUUAGAGUUUAUAUCAAAUGAAUUUAAAACACUUUGCGAUAGAUUAAAUUCAAAACAUAUUCUCACUUCAAUUUAUCACCCGCAAUCAAACGGGAAAAACGAAAGAUCACAUAUUAUAUUAACUGAAUAUACAAGACAUUACAUUAACGAACAAGAGCAAUGGGAUAUGAUAUUAUCCCAAGCAAUGCUCACAUAUAAUUGUACGAUAAAUAAAACCACGGGUUAUACACCCUACGAAUUACAAUUCGGCAGAGAGCCUAAUCACAUCUUCAGCGAAGAAGAUGAAAGAUUAACUUUGCAAAAUCAAAUCGAUAAUAUGCGCAUUCAACACGAAAAUAAAUUAGACGAAGCACGUAAGAAUAUACGUGAAUAUCAGGAUUCUAAUCUCUCUAAUAAAUCAUACGCGCCAAUCAAAAUUAACGAUUUAGUUCUCGUGAAAAAUUUCAAUGCAAAAUCAUUCGAACCGCAGUGGAAGAGACCUUUCUCUGUGAUUCGACAUGAUAAUUCUAUAACUUAUCAUGUAAACGAAAAUACGGGAGUAAAACAAUAUCACCGAAGUGAUAUCAAACCUUUUGUUCUAGAUCAAGAAAAUGAAUCUGAGACGAAUCAUUCUAUUGAUACUAGUGAUGGUUCUACAAUAUCAUCCUAA